AUGUACCAUUGUCCCACUACAACUGUCCUUCUACUACUGUCCCACUACUACUGUCCCACUACUACUGUCCUACUACUACUGUCCCCCUACUACUGUUCCACUACUACUGUCCUACUACUACUGUCCUACAAUUUGACCUACAAUGUACCAUUGUCCCACUACUACUGUCCUACUACUACUUUCCAACUACUACUGUCCCACUACUACUGUCCUACUACUACUGUCCCACUACUACUGUCCCACUACUACUGUCCUACUACUGUCCUACAAUUUGACCUACAAUGUACCAUUGUCCCACUACAACUGUCCUACUACUACUUUCCAACUACUACUGUCCCACUACUACUGUCCCACUACUGCUGUCCCACUACUACUGUCCCAACUACUACUGUCCUACUACUACUGUCCCACUACUACUGUCCCACUACUACUGACCUACUACUACUGUCCCACUACUACUGUCCCACUACAACUGUCCUACUACUACUGACCUACUACUGCUGUCCCACUACUACUGUCCCACUACUACUGUCCCACUAG